UAUACACACAAAACACACCCAGAACAACCUAACCCCCGCCAUCACCGUCUCUCUCAGCCUCUCACUUCUCUCAUCGUCGCUGUCUUGCAGCCUCGGCGUCACCGCUUCUCCUCCUUCGGCGGCUCCAACACUCUGGCUCGGCGCUCACAACGUCUGUCUCUAUCUCGCAGCUUGUCCGGUUCCGAUUCUUCGCCCUAGGCGCCUUAGGUUCUCUACCCUCAGCGCCUUCAAGUUCGAAUAACAUCUCUCAGCAUACCUGUGAAGCAACCCAUCGAUCGCUUUAUUGUAAGAUAUAGGGCCCAAAACGACAUCACUUUGUAUGGGCUGGAAAAUGCUUCAUGGCUUUAUUGUAUAGAGAGAUUGCUUUACCGCCAUAACCCAGCAUCCUCAGGUUCCCUUAUGUUGGCCGCUUCUUUACUGAACAACACUGGAUUUCGAAUUCUUCGAAGCUGCCUCGUUGCUCUUCCCCAAUUUCCUUGCGCUUCCUCUACACCAUCCUCUCUGCUAUCUGCCUUUCGUGCAUCAACUUCAAUGGAUUCAUACAAAAAUUCACCCUCUUCUUCUUUCUCUGCUUUUGCACAUUCAAAUCGCAGCAGCGGUGGUAGAGGAAGAGGAUUGGAUACAAAGGAUAAGAGGGAAAGGUCGAGAGGUGGAGGUGGUGGCUCUGGAAAAGAUAAAAUUGAUGCUCUUGGUCGAUUAUUAACAAGAAUUUUGCGUCAUAUGACUUCCGAGCUAAAUUUGAAUAUGAGGAGUGAUGGAUUUGUCAAGGUCCAAGAUCUAUUGAAACUAGAUUUAAAAACUUUUGCGAAUAUACCAUUGAGGUUGCACACAGUUGACGAUAUCAAAGAGGCAGUCAGGAAGGACAACAAGCAAAGGUUUAGCUUGUUGGAGGAAAACGGAGAGCUUUGGGUACGUGCAAACCAAGGGCACACAGUAACGACGGUUGAAACAGAAAGCUUGUUGAAACCAAUCCUUUCAGCUGAAGAAGUUCCAGUGUGCGUGCAUGGGACCUACAAGAAGAAUUUGGAACUGAUUUUGGAGCAAGGCCUCAAACGCAUGAAAAGGUUACAUGUUCACUUCUCAUGUGGCAUACCAACAGAUGGUGAAGUAAUUAGUGGAAUGAGGCGAGAUGUCAAUAUCCUAAUCUUUCUGGAUGUCAAAAAAGCUCUACAAGAAGGAAUGAAGCUUUACAUCUCUGAUAAUAAGGUCAUAUUGACAGAGGGUUUUGAUGGUGUAGUGCCGGUGAAGUACUUCAAGAAAGUAGAAUCAUGGCCAGAUAGAAAAUCGAUCUCAUUUCCAGUUGAUUAACCUUGGAUUCCUCUUCUUUUUUAAGUUUGACUUUUUAUCUUUUACUGUUUAUUGAAGUUGAGACAUUCAAUCAAGAGUCACAAGUUUAGACAACUAUAGUAAAAGGUCUUUGACAUCUGUUCUCAACAAUGAUGUUUGUCAUACUUGUAUAAAAAGCCUGCCUUGUAUACUGCUUUAGACCAAUUACAUAAACCAUAUAGAAGAAAUGUAGAGUUUGGUAA